UUUUCAGCGAACUUCCAAAACCUUAUUCGCUCAGCGUUACGUCAUAUUGAACACAACACAUGCAUACGAUUCAAGGAAAAUGGCAGAGACAAAGAUGGUCUGAGAUAUUACCGUGGAAAUGGCUGCUGGUCCAACGUGGGCCGAACUGGUGGACGUCAACUGGUUUCGAUCGGAUACGGAUGUGACGGGGGUACUGAAGGAAAUUUUGAAAAACGAACGCCAUACACAACUGACAACAUGGGACAACCGUAUGAUCUCGGAUCCGUCAUGCAUUAUGGAGCCAAAGCGUUCACAUCCGAUUGGUCUCAUAAUACCGUCGAAACGAAGGAUAAAUGGUUUCAAAACACAAUUGGACAAAGAUCAGGCAUAUCCUUCAAGGAUGCAAAAAUGAUUAACCUACGUUACUGUACAAGAGUCUGCCCAACACAACUGCCAUGUGCCAACGAAGGCUACACUGAUCCGAAUAAUUGCCAGAGAUGCCGUUGUCCAAAAGGAUAUGGAGGAGUGUAUUGCACUGAACUGGAACAUUCUUCAUGUGGUGGACAGUUGACGGCCACUUCAGAGAUGCAAACGCUGGAAAGUGGACCUGUUUAUCAAAAUUCUAAAUGUAUUUGGAGGAUUAAAUCUCCUGCUGGGCAAAAGGUCGAAGUUGUUAUAAAAUGGGUCAGUUUCCCAUGUCUUGAUGCAUGUUCCAGCUUUGUUGAAGUCAAAGCAAAGAGUAGCAGAACUGCCACUGGAGCUCGGUUGUGUUGCAAAGCGGGAGGCUCUUUUUAUUCUGAAGAUGACGACAUCUUCUUGAUAUUCAUAGGAGAUUCAUACCGGUUCCGAGCUGGUUACAAAGGACUUCUCAGCGCAAUUAUCGCUACUAUGGAGAUGCAGCGAAUACCAGACCAGCGUUCACGUAUACUACCAGAGCACCGACAACGACUACUCCAAACACGCCUUCUCCUUGGUGGUGGGAAAAUCAGGCGAAAUGGGGCGUGUGGGGUGAGUGGUCGGAAUGCAGCGCAAUAUGCGGUGGUUGCGGCCGUCGGAGUCGCGUCCGUGGAUGUUACGGUGGCGACAGAAAAUGCAGUUAGUCCAGUUACAAAGAAACCUGACAUCUGCAAAAUGGACGAAAUACUGCCUUCCAUCGCUUUCUGA